CCUUGUAUAAAUUCCCUAAUUUCUCUACCUUCCUAUCACACCAAACACCAAGAUCCAAUCAUCUACAAUUUUUCUUCAAACUUCAACAACUCCUAGCUUCCCACAAGAACCCUUAUGGAGUUUUUUGUGCCUUUUCGAAUGGUGUCAGUAAUAGCAAUAGCUUUGGCAGUUUUGAUUUUCCCUGCUGCUCAUGGCCAAAUUAAUACACCAUGCACGCCUUCAUUGAUGUCUAGCUUCACCCCUUGUAUGAAUUUGCUCACAAAUAGCAGCGCCAAUGGCACUUCCCCAACUCAAGAUUGUUGCAGUGCACUUAAGAACCUCACAAGUAAUGGCAUGGACUGUUUGUGCCUCAUUGUCACCGGAAGUGUUCCCUUCCAGCUUCCAAUCAAUAGAUCUUUAUCCAUCUCUCUCCCUAGUGCUUGUAACAUGCAGGGCGUCCCAGUUCAAUGCAAAGCUUCUCGUUCCCCACUUCCUGCUCCAGGUCCUGCCUCACUUGGACCAACUCCGCCACCUGUAGUUUCUCCAUCUCCUAGUCCUAGUCCUAAAGCUUCUGUUGUUCCUGAGCCAACUCCAUCCACUCUUCCACCAGAGUCCAGCACAACACCAAUCCUGACUCCACCAUCACCAACAGUGGAUACUGGAGCCCCAACAUCGACUACCGGGUCCAGGAUCCGCCCAGUUCUAACUCCUCCAUCAUCUGCUGCUAUCUCCUCUUGCAGCUUUUCACAUUCUUUUCUUCGGUUGGCAAUAGGAUUUGUAGUUCUGAAGUACUACUAGGUUGCUAUUGUUCCAUUUCUGUCCUUAUUUAUACAUUGAGAAAUAUUCUUUUAGGUGUGUGAGUGCGACUAAUGAUUUUUUGGGAUUAUUCCAUGAUUGAGACACGUAUUGGGCUAUCAUUUAUCAAAUAAAAUUGAUAUAUUUCUGUA